CGGACACAGAAGCGAGAGGUUGCUUUUUCAGCUGGUCUUACGGCAGAAAACAAAAAUACUGUUCAAAUAUGAGGGAAAUUGUGCAUCUCCAAGCUGGACAGUGCGGCAAUCAAAUUGGCGCUAAGUUCUGGGAGGUGAUCAGUGAUGAGCAUGGUAUCGAUCCAACUGGUACGUACCAUGGUGACAGCGACCUGCAGCUGGAGCGGAUCAAUGUCUACUACAAUGAGGCUUCAGGUGGUAAAUAUGUCCCCCGUGCUGUUCUUGUGGAUCUGGAGCCAGGCACUAUGGACUCUGUUAGGUCUGGGCCUUUUGGCCAGAUCUUCAGACCAGACAAUUUUGUUUUUGGUCAGAGUGGUGCUGGCAACAACUGGGCAAAGGGUCACUACACAGAGGGUGCAGAGCUGGUGGACUCGGUCCUGGAUGUGGUGAGGAAGGAGGCUGAAAACUGUGACUGCCUCCAGGGCUUCCAGCUGACUCACUCUCUGGGUGGUGGUACCGGCUCUGGGAUGGGUACAUUGUUAAUCAGCAAGAUCCGAGAAGAGUACCCUGACCGCAUCAUGAACACCUUCAGUGUGGUCCCAUCUCCUAAAGUAUCGGACACUGUGGUUGAGCCCUACAAUGCCACGCUGUCUGUCCAUCAGCUGGUGGAAAAUACAGAUGAGACCUACUGCAUCGACAACGAGGCCCUCUAUGAUAUCUGCUUCCGCACCCUCAAACUCACCACCCCCACAUACGGUGACCUCAACCACUUGGUCUCCGCUACUAUGAGCGGCGUCACCACCUGCCUCAGAUUCCCCGGACAGCUCAACGCUGACCUGCGGAAGCUGGCAGUGAACAUGGUGCCGUUUCCUCGCCUGCAUUUCUUCAUGCCAGGCUUUGCACCACUAACCAGCAGAGGCAGCCAGCAGUACAGAGCGCUCACUGUCCCUGAGCUCACGCAGCAGAUGUUUGAUGCCAAGAACAUGAUGGCUGCUUGCGACCCACGCCACGGCCGCUACCUAACUGUGGCCGCCAUCUUCCGCGGCCGCAUGUCCAUGAAGGAGGUGGACGAGCAGAUGCUGAACGUGCAGAACAAGAACAGCAGCUACUUUGUUGAGUGGAUUCCCAACAACGUCAAGACCGCCGUCUGCGACAUCCCUCCUCGCGGCCUCAAGAUGGCUGCCACGUUUAUCGGCAACAGCACGGCGAUCCAAGAGCUCUUCAAGCGAAUCUCAGAGCAGUUCACUGCCAUGUUUCGGCGUAAAGCUUUCCUCCACUGGUACACUGGUGAGGGCAUGGAUGAGAUGGAGUUCACUGAAGCGGAGAGCAACAUGAAUGACCUGGUGUCUGAGUACCAGCAGUACCAGGACGCCACGGCCGACGACGAGGGUGAUUUUGAAGAAGAUGACGAAUAUCCACAGCAAGAGCAGGACUGAGU